AUGCAGUUCCCAGUAUCACAGGUUACGACCAUUUUCUGCCUUACCGUCCUCCUCAGUGCCUUCACGAAAUCAGUCGAAUCACGAAGCGUACAUCGACGACACACCCCAGAACGAAUGAUCCGUGAGUCCAGUGCCCUAAAAGAGCUGAAAGACUUGGUGAAACAGUGCAACAGCGAGAAAAUGUCCAAAGCUCUACGCAACCCUAACAUCUUCAGCCAAGAAUUCCAACUGUUGCGACGUUGCUUGACUUUGUUGCAAAUUCUCCGACCCGAAAACGAUGUUGACAUCAGCAAUGAAAUCAGUGUUGAGUCAUCAACAAUGUCAGAGGCUGAUCAACUAGAACAACAAGUACCAACUUCUGAAGAUUCCGAAGUAGAGGCAAGAUCAGAAAGCCAAGUAGAAUCCAAACCAGUAUCAACGAUAUCAGAAACAGCGCCUUCCAACGUUGCAAAAACCCCCCGAGCAACGAUGCAGCGAAUAAACGACUUAAUAUUUGUGUGA